AUGAUUUGCUUUUGAGAGAGCUCUGAUGAGAAUUAUUUGGCACGAUGUUUCCGAGCUUCAGAAAUGUAAACGAAGGACGAGGCAAAGGAGAACAGAGGCCGCAACAGCAAACAGGUCCCAGAGCAUAGCAUACAUUCCGCUACGAGUAGGCGCAUAGAGCUGGUCAGCUAGCUAGUACUCGUACGGUAGCUGUAAUCAACAUGGCAGACGAAGAAAAGACCCCCAACGCUGCACGGAAACGACCUCUUGUUGGAAAGGAAAAUAAUGAAGAAGUCUUGCCGAUGGCAGCUGCAUCAUUGGGCAACAACGCGAAGGAAGAAAAUAUCACACCGCCACCAAUGCAGCGACGCCAGGGGAAUCCCUACAAGAAGAAACCCAGACAGCUAGACACGACUCCUGGUGAUGUUGAAGUGAUCUCUCCUCCGCCACCUCGAGUAGCUUUGAAGAGACCAGUGUCCUCCAAUGACGACGAAGUUUGUGUGAUGCAAUCCACUCUCACAAACGCGUUGGUGGAGUAUCCUCAUGGACGUCCGGACUGUGGUCUGCACAGCUUUUCGGAGGACAAGUCCAAGUUUUGCGACAAGUGCUACUGUUUGGUCUGCAACAAGCUGGCAAGUCAGUGCACUGAUUGGGGCGAGCAUUGCUCUCACGAAAACGAAAAACAGAAAAACAAACGUACAGCAGCGCCUGCCAAUCAUCCCGUCAUUGACAUUGAGGAUUCUUCGUCUUCGUCGCCAGAAACACCGGCCAACAAUCUUCGAUCCAUCGGCAAUAACAAAAAUAUCGUCAAUCCACACGCUCGGCGGCGCCACCAAGCCAAUGGUUCCGCCUUUGCCUCCUUCUUGGACGCCCAAGCCAACCGAAAAGGGUUUGAGGACCAUUACACCAACGAUUUCAACACGGCAUACGAAAAUCCUGGCGAAAAGGGACGCACUGCCAAAUCCAUGAAAAUAACAGAGAUCCUGGCACAAAAACUGGCCGAGACAAUGCAAUUGGCUGACAAGAUUCCUUCUUCUGCUGAGGCCACUACUAAUAGUUCUACUACUGCCGCAAACAAAAUGAACAAUGAAAAUAACAAAAAAAGCGCCAAUGAAGAACUCACAACGCAUAACCUGCAGAAAAAAGAUCGCUUUGAUCGAUGCAAAAUGGAAGGGGACAUUGCUCAGUUGGGACUGCACAAGUCGUUCUUCGUCGAAGGGGUUCGUAUUGGAUGGCCAUAUCCCUCUAUUCUAACCCCGCAACGGCUAAUGGCCAUUCAUUUGGUCAAGGCACUCAAAAACUCGCGUCAUGUCGUACUGGAAAGUCCCACGGGGACGGGGAAAUCCGCCGCCAUUUUGUGUGCUGUUUUGGCAUGGCAACGACAUUAUGCCAAGAGCAAUUGGGGAAAGACCGUACUGAGCAAUGGAAAUAUCUCCGCAUUGGCGGCAGGGAAGAUGCACCUAGAACCCGGGGCAGAGACCUUCCCACGCAUCAUUUACUGUUCUCGAACUCACAGCCAGGUGGCGCAGAUGGUGGCGUCCCUCAAAAAAACGCCUUACCGACCGCGCAUGACAGUGCUCGGUUCUCGCGAUCGCUUGUGUAUUCAUCGCAACAUUCGAAACAAGGGUGGCGCAACGCAGGGUGACAAUGGUGGCGAUCAGAACAGAGCGAAGGCCCGCGUCAAUGUGAACACUGCCUGUCAAAUGCGGGUGGCCAAUGCCGAAAAGAUCCGGAAACAGCUUUGGAACUCGUAUGACUUUCGCUAUGAUGACAAUCGUCCUCCCUCACACCUUCCGGGCGAUGGUGACGGAAAUCAGGGAGACGGCGCUUCUGACGGGGAGGAUGACGCAACGGGGGAUCAAAUGCAAUCCAGCGAAUGGAUCCUUAAAAAGAGCAAAAAGAAGCUCACAUGUCCCCACUACCGUCAAUUAUCCAGCUACCGAACGGCGCACAUGACAAGAAACCGCUUUGCGGCGAGCCAGGACGAAAUUCAGUGCUGCAAGAGUGGCGGUGAAAAGACAAAGUUGGGAGUUCACGAGAUUGAGGACCUUUGCUCUUUCGGUGUGAACCCGUACAUCAUUGAAGUGGCCCUUUACAGGAAUACCGGCAGUCGGGAGGACUUUGGCAUCAUCAUUGGCAACGAUUGUCGCAUCCGAAGCAUAGGCAAGGACACACCAGCCGAAUACUGCGGUCAGCUGAAUCGAGGCGACAAGAUUGUGCUUGUGAACGGGAAACAGGCCAAGAGUAUGCAACAUAUCCAGCACGAACUCGCCAGCACAACUGCAGACGUGGUGAACCUGAAGGUCGCCCGGUCUGGUUCUUCUGGCACCCGAACUAUCCAAACACGGCCAAUGAAUCACAGUGCGAAGAAUGAAAGUCACCGCCAGGUCCAAGUUGCUUUGUAUCGCUCUCCCGGAGAGACAAGCUUCGGAAUGACUCUUGAAAUCUUCGGCACUGGAUGCAAAAUUAGCGGAUUCAAGGCUGGUCCAGCCCUCCGAAGCCGCAAUGUAAAAGUUGGAGAUGUCAUUACUGGUGUCAACGGAAAGUAUCUCACAGGCUUUCAUGAUGUCACCCAAGAAAUCUUGAACACAGCAGUGGACCCCCUGCGGCUCAACCUUCGACGUCAAACGGACGUACCCAUCGAUGUCGAUGAAGCAAGCGACAGCGACGAAAGUGACCCCGCAGAAUCAGAAGAUCUCUACUCUCCGCAUUCUCCAUGUCCGUACUACUUGUCACGGGCACUGAGCAAGCAUGCAGAACUUCUGUUUGCUCCGUACAAUUACAUUCUUGACCCUGGAAUACGAAAAGCGUUGGAGAUUGACCUUGAGGGGGCGGUGGUUGUUUUGGAUGAGGCGCAUAAUGUUGAGGGAACGCUGACUGAAAGUGGCAGUGGCAAAUUCGGGGAAAUUGAACUGACGCAACUGUUUGCAAAACUUUCGUUCUAUUCCAGCGCAGCGAAAAGUCGAAGCAGCAAGUUGGAUGAUGUAACGAGUUCCCUUGGUGGGAAAAUAGACCUUGCCGAAAGUGCUCAUGAGCUGUUGCUCUUUGUUGAGAAGCUCAUAUUGUACAUGCGGGAGCAACGGCAGCGCUUUGAGCAGUCUCCUGGCAACGUCGGUGCUCGGAAGGCCAUUGAAGACUACCAAAGGUUCCACACCCCAGACAACACCGAUUUCGAAGUCAGCUACCACGGGCCGAAUGGACACGGCGUUCACCGCAAAGCAGUCGGGUGCAAGCCGUUUUUUGACCUUGACUCCAUGCAAAUAAAGCCUGCGGAUAUUGAAAAGUUACUCGGAUACUCCCAAGAAUUGGAGAAACAACUAACUGGAAGCGACAAAGCACAAGCAAACGAGUCGAACGGUGGUGAUGUUGCUGGUGCCGGGGAAAAGAGCCCUAAGAACAACACCUUCGAUCUACUCAAUGAGCUUCUUUCCAAGUUUCAGUUGGCUUCUCAAUCUCCACAGCAUUUCUAUAUCUCCUGCGUCAUUCAGGCCAACGGCAAUUUUGACCAUGCUGCGGGAGAAUUGGGAAAUGAGGACCGCAACAACGCUGGAACCCGAAACCGACGCUUUCAAAAGAAACCCGCCAAUCUGCCAUUCAUGUACCCUCGCAACGUCAACAAUCCAGGGGCGGCACUUUACGUGUGCAAUCACGACAAGUGCAAAAAGGGAAAAGGUGGAACUGAGGCCAGCGCAAUGCCGAGCUGGGGCGGUCCUGGUGUCCGACAUGGAGAAUGGUGCGAUGGGACACAAUCUCCCCCUUGGGAGGCACAUCUCGUCUUAAAGCUUUUGUUCCCGGGCUUGCUCAUGAAAGAGCUCUCGAGUCAGUGCAGAACGCUUGUUCUUGCAAGCGGGAGCCUUUCCCCUUUGAAAAGUGUUUGUGCUGAGUUGGAUCUCCAUGACAAACGAAUUGGUACGAAAAAGCCUGGACGGCUUCAGACAACGCCAAAACCAUUGGAAGCCAAUCAUGUUGUGAAUCUGGAAAAGCAACUCCUUGCCGUCGCCUUGGGGAGCUUCCCUAAUGGUGCACCACUCACAGUCACCUACAAACACUACAAGAAUCCCGAGUUCUUCCCUCGCCUUGGUGACUCCAUUGCAACAGUCAUCGAGACGAUCCCUCGGGGAGGCGUUCUUGUGUUCUUCCCCUCCUACAGUGUCUUGAACAAGUGCGUCAAAUGUUGGAGCCCUGAGUCAAACCAACGGCGAUACGGUGGCUUCGACAAUUCCGAGUAUACGUGCCCGGAAGUUUGGGAGCGCUUUGAACAAAGCAAGACCAAGGUGAUCGUAGAACCAAGCGGGAGUAAUCAAGAACAAUUUGAAGCAGCGAGGGAUGAAUACGCCGAAACUAUUCGUUCUCAAGGAAGCUGUGUGCUCCUAGCGGUGUUUCGUGGCAAGAUGAGUGAAGGAAUCUCAUUCAACGACGACAAUGCUCGAGGGGUUAUCUGCGUCGGAAUUCCCUUUCCAUCGUCCAAAGAGAGAGCGAUAGUCGCCAAGCGAGCGUUCAAUGACGAACAGAGGAAGCUGAACAAUAACACAGAUUUGCUUCCCGGGCAUGAUUGGUACGCCCAAGAAGCGUUUCGCGCCAUCGCUCAGGCACUUGGCCGGUGCAUCCGACACGAGGGAGACUAUGGAACCGUUGUUCUGAUGGAUUCCAGGCACUGUCACGACGGGUCGCCAGGGUUUGUACAUUCCAAGCUUCCCAAGUGGAUGCGAUAUGGCGUUCGCACUGUAGCCCCAGGAAACAGGGGACACGGCAACAAGCCAAUUCUUGGGGGAUACCAGGGACUAAGGCAAGAAAUGAAAAAGUUCUUUGCAGAAGCCCCAGCCUUUGCUGAUUCUGUUGUGACCAAACGCCGAGCAGACUUUGCAGCCGCGAAAGACCGAGAAAAGCAUCAAGGAGGAGGUGGCCGCACAUUCGACAGCAAAAGUGGCAGUUGGACUCCAAACACAGCCACUUUCAAGAGUGAAGCAAAACCCAAAGCCGUCAGCAGUGGAAUUGGCCCUGCCAUUGAUGUUGCCAUGAGAAUCACACAGGACAGCCCUCUUCCUCCUGUCCUCUUCUCCAACCAGCAUGCAGCAUCAACACCAGACACGCCCUCGCACCCAAUGGGUAUGAAAGGUGUAGUUCCAGAUCGGGAUGCAUAAGGUGGUGAUGAACUAGUAGCAGAAUGCUAGCUUUAAUAUCUGGCCCUCUAUUGUUGAAUCCGGCAGUUGGUGCUGAGAACUAGCUUGCUAUUAGAGAUUAGAGUAGCGAGCCAGCAAGAAUUUGAGACUGUAAAUCUCCUUUGGGUGGUGCGUUCACAGUCCCUAAGGAAUACAUAAGCUGCACAACUUCCCAGGCAUCAACUGCAUGGUACAAUUUGGCCAACAUGGCAUUUCUGGUGUGCAAUGCAUUGAAGCAAACUGGCAGAAUUUUUAAAACCGCAAUGGGUUAGUCUGGUUGCAAAUGUGCAUGCAUACCGUUAUGAGGCUUGCUAGAGCAACAGACCAUGCGGAGGUCUUAAAGUAUUGGCUGGUAAGUUCGUUUUGGCUGGGCCUUUUGUGUAGCCGGGCACAGGAGAAGAACCGUGUUUUGGGCCUGGUGUGGGUCCUGAUGAUUCGGACAACUGUCUCGUCACUCUUUCAAGUUGCAACGGACUUGACUCGUCACUCAGCUCCCUUUGCCAGAAAAUCAAAGCGACGAUGGUGUUUACCGCCUACACUCCAUUUCUGUCUCAUUCGGUCGAGAGUGCUGUGGCUUGAGGUACACCGGUAGAUCUGGCUACUACUCUGGUGCAUGUACAAGGAAAGGGGGAUAGAUAGUAUAGCAACUCCCCGCUGAGCACGUUGAUUGAUGCUCACCCUUUCGUCAUUGCCAUCAGGCACAACUGUUUACAGAACUCUCCUUCUAUUCCAGCGCAGCAAAACGUUGAAGUUGGAUGAAACAAUAAUCCCCAAACAUGUUCCUGUGGUGGCUCUAACAGCUGCUGCCUAUCGGGAAGACCGAGACGCCUGUCUGGAUGCGACCAUUUUUCUGUCUAGGCAGCAGAAGCAGGUCCAAGGACUUGAGGGCAGGCUGCAGAGCAUGACCUUUGUAUCAAGGCAUCAUGGUUGCUCGGACGAGUUGGUCCUUAUUGAACAAUCUAGGUUCUGGUUGUGGCGCUAUUUCUUGCUCUGUCGUUUUGUUUAAGUCAUUGUUCUCAAGCUAUAGACUUAAAAUACAUAUUGCCCAAUCUAUGUAUCAUAAUUCUAAUGACAUAAUGUCAAACGAACUCUCCAUCCACAACCAGCGGCAGGCGCCCCCAUUUUGAAAAUAGAGGAAGCUUCCUUUUGUGUCACGGUACCAAAUGAUAAAACUAACCUGAACUGCCACGUUCUUCUUGACGGUAGAUCAAGGUUUGUUCUUGCACAAUGCACAGAUCUUCGCCUUCUGGAAACGUCACACGGAUGCAGUCGUUGGGACACAAGCUCCGGAUUUGCAGACGAGGAACCUGACGAAACUCGCGAUCCUCAUUUUCUGGCCCUGCUUUCUUGAGAUAAAGGUCAUUGCACAUCGAGUGAUUCUUGACGACACAGUAGGACGCAUGGACAUCGAAACAAAUGUCAGUGUCGCCUCUGGUAGGAUUUGUUGACCCUCGUUCUUCGUGAAAUACCCCAUACAUCAUAUUAAACCAGUUUUCACCUUCCAUGAGCUCAACCUUGGUUGUCCCUGCCAUCAGGGAGUGCUUGAGUUGACCCGAAGGGGAAGGAUCCGCCAUCGUUGCUUUCAAAGAGUCAAUACAAACGUUUUAGCUGGCGAUUAUCUUUCGGCAUUUAUUUGUUGUGAGGAACGUCUGUCGGCAUUGGUUCUGUGGAAAUGGUGCAAAAGUGCGUGCCAGCGUGAGGCUCCAAGCUAGCAAGCAGAUGUCUCCAAUGCAGUCAGCGCGCUCCCUGUUUUUUCUAUUUUAGGAAAGGAAAAAAUGUGAUGCCAAUUAGACAGUUUUCAAUUUUAAAAAACAUUUCCCUGUAAUACGAGAACCAGUAGAGAUUUUACUAGUUUCUAUUUUCUAUUCUAAACAUUUCUAUUUAGAAAGCAAAAAGUCAAAACGCGUCCAACGAAAAGCCGAACUCUAUUUGAGACGUGGCUGCAGGUACCGGUAGCAGGCUGCAACGCAGGCGUCAUUUUUUGUUU